AUGUAGUACUAGUAGUUGUAUGGAACGUUUCCGGUGUGUACUUCUUCUAGCCUUGGUGCGGAUAUUACCGCAGUUGUCCGUCUUAGUUGGUUGGAAUUGUGAAGCUUCUCAUCAGCCUUUCCAGACGAUGUUGCCGAACGUCAAGAUACGCUUUAAUAGCUAUGUUGUUACACUUUUAAUUCCUUAUGCUACAGCCUGAGAAGACUUGAUUAUGGAAGGAUCUGAACUCAUUAAUAGACCUUUCUUGGACCUGCAUGGAGCUGACAAACUCCUUACCAAGCUUUAUAAUAUCCAAGCUUCAAAAUUAGAAGAACUGAAAAGUUUUGCAGACCAAAAUUUCUACAUCAGAUUAGAAAGUCCCAUCGAUAUAGGUGGCAGUGAGGAUGAGAGAUGUGAUCAGUUUAUUCUAAAGUUGUACAACUCCAAAGACUCUGCAGAUGGAAACAGGGUGGAGUUGGCAGUCAACACCAUGGCAUUCCUGUCCAAUAAAGAGUUUUGCUGCCCUCGUCCAGUCCGUAAUAUGCAUGGCAAACUUGUGCAUCUUGAGGCUAUCUCUUGUAAUGACGGAAAGGGUUUCGUUGGAAAACAUGGUGUGUAUAUGGUAACUCUUUUGUCAUUCUUGCCUGGUCAUCCUCUUGGGUCAUUGAACACUAUUCCAGAUGAGAUCUUAGUAGAUAUUGGCAAAAAACUUGCUCACCUGCACAAGAUUUUAGAGGCCUCCCUUGAUGGAUUUUGUAAUGAAGAUCGAAAUCUUCAAAGGUUGGUAAAGGAAUUUCAAGAUUACAACCAUAAGAAACCAACUACCUUCUGUAGUGGAGAGUGGUCACUUGAGAAAGUGAGUGGUCAAAGACAUCUACUGGAUCUAGUGGACGAUACUUUGCUGAAAGAUGCUAUAACAAAAACUAUUGAUCUCUAUGAGGAACAUGUUGAACCCAUUCGUCAUCUUUUCAAGAAAGGGAUCAUUCAUGGAGACUUUAAUGAUGAUAACAUAAUCAUCUCAAAGGAACCCAUCCCUAAACAGUCUUCUAAGAAGUUCAUUGUGUCUGGAAUCAUCGACUUUGGUGAAGUCGAGUACUCCUGUCUCAUCUUUGACAUUGCCGUGGCAUUGUCAGAACUUGUUGUGACCCACGGGAUGUCUGCUCCUAGGCAUUUCCUUGAAGGGUACCUCUCGAAGAAAAAUAUACCCAUCACUGAGAAAAAUUUGCUGUAUUACCUGGUGUUAGUGAGGUAUGCACAGCGCAUCAUGCUCAGUCUGGAAGCGAAGCAGAGAGAUCCGUUAAAUGAAUACAUCAUGAAGGAUUUGGAAACUUGUGCAGGUCUACUUAGAAAACUGCUUCAUAUGGAAAAGAAUGAUGUGUAUACCAUGUGGAAUAUUUAGUCUGCUUUCAAGAUUUGAAACAUAAUGAGCCAAGCUUUUCUUUUAGCCUACCAAAACUCUGAAUUGUCUGCAGAAUGUAAUAACUUUCUUGUUAUCCACUUCAAAUGAUUUUUUUUCUUUCAGGACUAGCAGUCUAUUUCAAAAGCAGAAAUGGUUAUGAAACUAAAUUGAAUUGAGUUUGCUUGAUAUUAUUACAAAUUUCAUUUAAUCUUUUUGCAUAAUAUUUUUUCACAACUGAAUGAUAAGGGGGCAAUAAUUUUUUGAACAACUGUAUGUCAAUACUUUUCAAUUUGUUCUUCUAUGAUUAUUUUCAUUAUGGUUGGAGCUAUUGCACAAGAACUUAUGUCGCCUUUCUAUUACCAAAUUCCUUCCAUUAUCCAAGGUUUCUCAGGUAAUAUCUCUUUCGCUUGAAUAGUCUGUGAUAAUGAAUGUUUAUUACAUGUUAUGUCUAUAAAGUAUUUAAAAAAUAAUCAUAUGCUUCUGUUAUUCAAUAACAUAACAUCAGUAAAAUCAACAGACCUUUAACUCUUCCUUUAUUGCAUCGACUUUAAGAUUGUGUUUCGGUAUUGAAUUUUGUUCUGCUGCGGUAGAAUGCGAAACAUUGGACUGUGUAAUCUGUAAUAAAAUUAUGGGAAAAUGGUAAUUGGUGUAUUGUAGCCAGAAUAAAUUAGGUUUAGGAAUUCAUUUGUAUAUCUAUUAUCAAUGCACGUACAUGACCUUGUUCUCACUCUUGUAGGUUUGGUAGUAAGAGGUCUGAAGUUAUAAGAAAGGAAUGUAUUUGAAAAUAACCGAGUAUUGUCGUUUGACGUGUGCUUUAGAAGGUCAAAAUUGAAGUCACCUGCUGUAUAAUAUCGUUUAUUUUCUAAUGUUAUUUUGUGUAAACAUUGGGUAAUUAAGUCAAUGAAGACAUCCAAAUUCAGGUGCUUUGUAUAUAACCCUGAUAUUUAUGGAGGCUACUUUUCACAACUAAUUUGGGUCUACAAGAUUAUUUCACAGGGCUCUUUUGAGCACUCUGGUGGCAAAAUCAUCCCAAACCUGUUCAAACCAGUUUGUGCUGAUAUUGAUUGAUUUAUUGUAAAUUCUUGGUCCAAAGCCUUGACUAUGCAAUCACGUGUUCAAAAUUCUAUAAUUUUCCAUGAAAAAUAGUACAGUGUAGGUGAUGCUAGGUGAUUUUAUGGGAGUUUAUUCACAGACGGAUGGAGAAUGUUUAAAGGUUUUGGGUGCGGUAACGUGGCACCCUUAAUGCUUCACAAUUCAUAGGCAAUGAGGUAUCCAGUUUGUCUUUAUUACAGGUCAGUGGGAAAUGAUUAGAUGGGGAUGUGUUAAAGCAAAGCUGCCAAGUAGUACUGAUUUUCCAUAUUAAGUACUGAAAAAAGAGAAGAAUACUGAUGGUUUCAUCCAAAAUA